CAGCUGUUGGUCGCGCUGGAGGAACCACCAUGAGGCGCUCUCUCACCUAACGCUACUCACUCCCUCACGCCGUCACCUCUCGCUGCCACCGGCCCCCUUGCGUUGUCUUUGCACGCAACCGCACUCCCUUUGCCCCUUAGCUCGGGAACGAACAAACUCAAUUCGUUGCUUAAAAGCUGUGUUACUUUUAAAGAUUCUUUUCGAGUCGUAGUGAAAAGGUGCAACUUUCCGUCUCGCAGUGUUGGUGUCAGAGAGAAAUCACGAAACGUGGGAGCGGCUUGAGUGAGACUUCAAAUUUAUUAUAUUUGUCUCCCUCGUUCUUUAAAACAAAGAGUCAUCUAGUGAGCGCACAGCAGCGACUUCUUCCAUCUCUCCCUCGAGCUUGUAGUCCCUUGAACUUGAGGAAUAGUUGACCAAUUGAUAAUACGAUGGCGCGGUUCUUGCUCACGCUAGGGGUAAUGGCUCUCGUCCUCGUGUUGGUCUCGGCCAACACGCCCACGGAGUCAGCCCACAUUGCCACCACCUUGCCCACCCACCCCAUGUCCAAGGGAGCGGAUGUCACAAGCCAUUCCGUGAAUGCGACGCACCACUCUGACCACGGGGGCGGAGGGCACGAAGGGAAGUUGGAGAGGUACCCCGUGGCCGUGAUCGACUUCGAGAGGGUCCAGACGCCCUUCAUCAUCGGCCUCUGGAUCUUCUGCGCCUGCCUCGGGAAAAUAGGUGAGUAAGCGGAGUACCUGAAC